CGAGAAGGUUCAUCAUCAUCACCCAUGCCGAAAGGGCGUCCCGAUGGUUAUAAUUGCUCUGCCUCUUUUCCGGCGCUGGAAUUCGGAAUUAGCCUCCCAUUCUGCUCUACUGCAAUAGUGCUUCCAUUCUGUUUAGCUUGCUGUCCGCUGAGGGUCUCCCUCCGCCCUAACUCCAUCUGGUAAUAUGCCCUUGUAGCUCCCGGACCUCCGUUCUUAGCGAUGCCCACCCGUCGCUCCCAUAGGAAGUCUCGCAAGGGUUGCCUUGCAUGCAAAAAGCGACAUGUCAAGGUUGGUGCAUCUCUUCUGCCUCGGCCUUUUUCAUAUCUUUAUUUCCCUUCACCUCUUUUUGAUGCAUUGUCCCACAGUGCGAUGAAGUACUCCCGAAAUGCAGUCUGUGUUGCAAACGAAACCUAGAAUGCAUCUAUCCCCCCGCGUCUGCCAGCCAGCAGCCCUCGCCGGCAUCUCAGGAGGACCGCGAAUCUCAGACACCUGGAUGCAACGGCAAUGCUGAUGGCGAUCUUCAUAUGCCCACAAGGAUGCUUGAGGUCAGAUUGCUUCACCAUUACUUGACGGUGACCUGUGAAACCCUGGUCAUGAAAACCCCAGACAUACAGCAUUUCCAGAUUUUGGCUCCACGGCUGGCUACGUCACAUAGCUAUCUGUUAGAUAGUAUACUGGCGCUCUCUGCCUUACACUUGGCCUUUCUGGAGCCGCACCAAUCCCGCCCGUGGCUGCACGCCGCGCUCAAGUACCAGAAUCAUGCCGUCUCCGGCUUCAACAAGGCACUGGCCAACAUGUCUCCGGAAAACUGCAAACCGGCAUUUUUCUGCUCCAUUUUUACCAUGCUAUUCACCACUGCCUUCCCCGGGAUCUCCCAGGACAGCCAGCUGGUGGACCCUCUGUCCGAGGUCUUCCAACUUCGCACUUUGGUUGCUGGCUGCAUGAUCCUUUUCAUCCAGUUAGCCGAGAAUGACACCACCGGUGAUAUGAAGACUUGGAUGCACAUCGUCCUCCCUGAAGAGAGACUGGAUGAGGAGCGUGCAUUUUUGAUCACAAAAACGGAUCCGAAACUGGUCAAGAUACAUGGUUCCAUCUUAGACUCUCUCGACAGAUUACGGACAAUGAUUGAUGGAAGCGUAGCGACACAUCAAGAUAUCUACAAGAACACAUGGUACUUGCUCUAUGAUACCGUCGAACGAUGGCCAAUACUGAGUCCUAAAGGCGGCAUCGUCGCUUGGCCCGUCAAUAUUUCCGAAUCGUUCUUCUGUUUACUGAAAGGCGGCGACUGGAUUGCUCGCAUGAUAUUCCUGCACUAUUGCGUUGCCAUGCAUCUGAUCUCAGAUAAAUGGUUUGCAAGGGAUUCAGGACGACGUCUUGUCUCUUCAUUUCUGAACCGUCUCGAAGGAUACCCACCGGCGUGGGCCGAAACCAUUGCCUGGGCGAAGCAGGCCGUCGAAAUCAACAGCUAGACAUGUUACGCUGCUAUACAUUUCACCGUCUUGGUCAUACUCUAGAAGUUGAGAUGUUUGUUUCUUUUAUGUCUUCUUCCCGGCCAAUCAGAGAUAUCGUGCGGCAUCUCCGCGAAGAUAAUAACAACAAUCUUUAAUACCUUCCGAGCAGGAGGUCAAACUUAUGACCUGACCUGUACCUCUGACCGGAAUGCAUCAAAAUAUACGGACGCUUACCACAUAACCACACGACCUAUAUCGACGCUGCUGCAAUACUUUGGCUACCGUCUAUGGAUGGUGGCGAGCAGUAAAUGGAGGAAGCAGCCGUAGUAUGUGGGAUCUGGAAAACUCAGUCCAGAUCAGCUGAACUUGGUGCAACCUUGAAUGGAGGAUAUGAUGAUAAGGGCAAGCAUUGCCCCAAGAUUUGGAGACAUAGUGACACCACUGAACAGGAGAGGAAUUGUCUAGUAUAAAAAUGAUGUCUAGAUUGUAAAAUGAGGACCUGUGAAUUGUCAUUUACCGUUAGUCUUGCCACCUCCGGCAUGGUCGCCCGAUACGCCGCAUCGUAAUCACCGCCCCCUUGCUGGCCUACAGACUAUAAGAUCGUUCCGUGUCUUUACCAAUUCCUCGUGCUUUCAAUUCUGCAGAAUGGGCCUUCAUGAUAGUGCUAUGCAGGCUAGGGACAGCGGUCUCGAUCCACUGUUGACAGAAGAUAUUUGACUAUUCGUCC